GAUCACAUGAAGAUCCACACCGGCGAAAGGCCGUACCUGUGCAACACCUGCAACAAAACCUUUACUAGAUCAUCAUAUCUUAAACGCCACAUAACCAUGCACACGGGCGAGAAGCCCUACAUCUGCAAAACAUGUGGAAAAAGUUACAGGCUACAUUCCCACCUGGUGGAUCACUCGAGGACCCACACCGGUGAAAAGCCGUACAUGUGCAACACCUGUGGAAAAACCUUUAUUCAAUCAUCAAAUCUUAAAACCCACAAAACCAUGCACACGGGCGAGAAGCCCUACAUCUGCAAAACAUGUGGAAAAAGUUACAGGCAACGUUCCCACCUGGUGGGUCACUCGAGGACCCACACCGGUGAAAAGCCGUACCUGUGCAACACUUGUGGAAAAACCUUUACUCAAUCAUCAUCUCUUAAAAGUCACAUAACCACACACACGGGCGAGAAGAGAUAUUUGUGCAAGACGUGCAACAAAGGUUUUAGCCGCAAAAUUGAUUUGCUGAGUCACAUGAAAAAUCACCCGGUGGAGAAGUCUGGUACUCGUGACAAAUGAAGCUCAUGUUGUCGUCCUCCGAGGGCAGCUGUCCACUCCUGUCUGACUCAUAGAAGAAGAACCUGCAGAAGUCCAACCACCACCUCCUGUGGCUGAUGAGCCUAAUCCCCUCCCCA